AUGCAUGCGCCCCGCAUUGGAACUCUUGGGUACCUCUCGACUGAUGUACAGCUUGCUGCAGCUAUAGAGGCCCGUCCUGGCCGAACCUUUCCCACGGCCAGCAAUCUCCUGGGCCCGCGCGAGGCAGCCAUGCGGGAAGAGAUGCGGCGCAGCAUUGAACGCCACCGUCAGCUGCCUGGGCCCCGACAUGCCAGCAGCGAGAGCGAAGAUGACGAUCGUGACGAAAGCUACGAAGGCCUUGAAACUCUCGGGACUGGCGACAGCGAAUUCGAUCGCGUCUUCAACCAAAUCGAACGUGGCCAGAGGCGGCUCCGGCAGCUUUUUCAGCUCAAGGAGAAUGUACGUCAGCCAAGUAGGCCACGUCGCGACGUCACUUUGACUCCAGGUCUCGAGACACCCCUCGGAGCUGAUGAUCACGACGGCUUUGGUGACUUUGACGGCUCUGGUGACUUUGACGGCUCUGGUGACUUUGACGGCUCUGGUGACUUUGACGGCUCUGGUGGUUACUGCGGUCCGUCCGAUGACGGAGAAUCUCCCGGUCGGCUGCCAUCGUACGAGCCUGCCGCUUCUGUAUCCGACACGGCCGGAUCAGUGACUGGCAGACCCGGGGUCGAAGAGCCCACGGUCAGCAUUCCCGCGGUCGACAGCCCCGGGAUCGAAGAGCCCGCGGUCAAAAUUCCAGCGGUCAGCAUUCCCGUGGUCGACAGCCCCGUCGUGGAACAGUCCGCGGUCGGCGUUCCCGUGGUCGAAAACCCCGUGGUCGAACAGCCUGCGGUGAGCAAUCCCGUGGCCGAUGAGUCCGUGGUGCGCGGCCAUGUAGUAUCAUCGGCACCAGCCAGCUCGGCAUCUGGCUUGUAA